UUUCCAACAUGGCUGCUGCUGUACAGUGAAGCAUCAGAAGUGUGUUUAUAUGGAGAGAAAAGGGUAUUUUUUUCAGGAUGUGCAGAGAGACUCGAAAAUGAGGAAAGGGCUCUGCAUCAACGUUAUGACACGAUUCCUGUGCAGCACCUGAGGAAGUAAACAAAACCAGAUAUCCCAGAGAGAGUUCUCCACUUUUCUUCUGUCACACUGGCAAAGGACGCAGUGCAGGAGGUCUUAACAGGCAGAGAACAAAGGCUGCACCCUUCUGCUUUCUCUCCUAGCUUUCUCUGUGCGCAUCUUAGCCACUUGAUCUGCAGCUGCUGGAAUCCAAGAUGUGUAGCAUCUAGAGCUGGACUUUGUGUGGCAGAACUGACAGAAUUUGCCAGAUCUUUGCCUGACAAGGAGCAGAGCAUGUAGAGUGGUUGCGAUUGCCAUGGAGCCAAGGGAUAAGAAACAGGAGGAGGAUGCUGUGACUCUGGGCCUUUCAACUGGCCAGGCUCUUGUGAAGCUCCGGGACCAGUUAAGCAACUUGCUGGAACAGCAUCAGAGAGUUGCAUGCAGACGAACAUCUGUGCUGGAACAGUGGCAAAAUAGCUUCCUUUACCAUGGUAAUCGUCACUCUUGUGUCCAUUGGCCGGGUGCUGCUCUCACUCUGCUGGUGGUGGUGGGACUCGUCUGUUGCCAUGGUAGCCAGCCGAAGGGGAGUUCUGGUAUAGAGCUCCUGAAUGCCGCUGCUCUCCUUCUCCUCUUGGUGCUGAACCUGUGUCUGGGUGGACGCCAGGAGAGACUGAAGCAAAAUGAGAUGAUAUGGCGCCUAAAGGCCAUCAUCACACAGCUCAGUGAUUACUUGUCAGCCUGUGUUGGUGAAGUGAAAUGGCCUUCAUCGCUCUACCCUGACCUUUACACACCCUCAUCCCCAUCGUGGUCCCUUCACUGGACCUAUCGUGACUCUCAGCUGGUUAACCUGCCUGUCAGUCUACUGGUGGAAGGAGAUAUCAUUGCUUUGAGACCUGGUCAAGAGGCCUUUGCAUCACUUAGAGGCAUUAAGGAUGAUGAGCACAUUGUGCUUGAACCAGGAGAUUUAUUCCCACCAUUCUCCCCUCCUCCUUCACCACGGGCCAAUGAGAAAAGAGGACCCCAGAGCCCCCAGCAACACCGCCUCUUCAGAGUGGUCCGUACUCCAGUCCUGGACACGAUAAGGAACAAUUUGGAGUUGGCCCUGUCUCGCCCAGUCACUGUGCUCGAUAAUGAGAGAUUUACAGUACAGUCGGUCAUCACCAAGCUAGUCUGUCCUGUUGUACUGGUGGCAUUCCUGCUUGUUAACACUAUUCGCUUUGCCCUUCAUGCCCCCAGCCUCACUCCUAGGUGCUACAAUUUUGUUCAGCUUCAGCUAAUGGGUGUUCUGCCCAUUUUGCCCCUGCUCUUUCCUAUUAUGUGGGUGCUGGUGAAUGCUUACGGAGAGGCCAGGGUCCUCGCUGAGUUCAGCCGUGUGUCACCAGCUGGCCUGCUUGCUAAGUUCUCUGAGGACACUCUAAGCAGCUACACCGAGAUGGUUUCCUCCCAGCAGGAGAUGCUCCGAUGUGUAUGGAGACACCUGGUUGCUGUCCUGAAGGGAAAAUCUCAGACACUCUGCUGUACUUCCAGCCUUUUACAUACACUGGGAUCUGUCACAGUUCUAUGUUGUGUGGACAAGCAGGGUAUUCUUUCGUGGCCAAAUCCCAGUCCGGAGACUGUGCUGUUCUUUAGUGGACGAGUGGAACCAUCACACAACAGUCAAGAUGACCUCAGAGACAACAUGUCUGUUAACUCAUACUGCCAAAUGGAGAUGGAUGAUGACAGGGAAGAGGGCCAGGAGGCAGAGGCUCUGCUUUGUCUGCAGAAAGAGCCCCCCCCUCAGCCGGGAGUGGGGCCAGAUCCCAGCGAGAUGUCGCACGAAACAGCACUCUCAUCUGACACUCUCCAGAUUCAGCAGCACUGCCAGCCUGUACCCACUUGCACUAAACACCACUCUGGAUCGAAUGUGAGCUUCAGCCAUGACACUGAGGGAGGCGAGGAUGCCCAGGCACCGGAUUUUUCACUGGGCUGUCCUGAAGUGGAGGCUGAUGACUUUGUGUGUGACUACCACCUGGAGAUGCUGAGCCUGUCACAAGACCAGCAGAACCCUGCCAGCAUCCAGUUUGAUGACCAAUCCUGGCAGUGCCACCUGCCCUCCCUAAAGCCACUGGGCCUGAACAUCAUGCUAAACCUCUGCAACGCCAGUGUCACCAAGCAGCUCUGUCGCUUCUCUGACCAUCUAUCAAACCUGGCUCUGCAGGAGAGCCACGGCACGGUGCUGCCAGUAUAUGUUCCAUGGGGGCUCUGUGAGCUUUCCAGACUUAUAGGGUUCACCCCUGGUGCGAGAGAGUUGUUUAAACAGGAGAACCACUUGGCCCUCUACCAGCUGCCAUCUGGAGAGAAGACCAAGGAGUUCACAUCCCACCGCCUUCAUUACUUCACCAAACGCCAGCCUCCCAUCUCCCAUCUCAUCUCUCUGUUCGUACGAGACUCUUCAUCCAAUAAUGUCCAGAUGCUGUCACAUGGUUCAGCUGACCUUAUCCUGGAGGCCUGCACUGACUUCUGGGAUGGAACUGAUAUCUACCCCCUCUCAGGCUCAGACAGAAAGAAGGUCCUGGACUUCUACCAACGUGCCUGUCUAUCAGGUUACUGCUCAGCUUUUGCGUAUAAACCCAUGCAAGUAUCUCUGUCUAGCCAGCUGAAUGGGAAAUGUAUGGAACUGGCUCCUGGUCCCUGUCUGUUUUCUGGACUAGAGUUGCCCUCCACGACUCCCAUCAAACACAACUCCUGCAGGAACAGCUGGAGCUCAGAUGAAGGUAUAGGUGAGGGUGUGGAGCGUGACGACUGUGUUCAGGCCCUAAGCGGGCAGAUCUUUAUGGGAAUGGUGUCAUCCCAGUUCCAGGCAAGGCUAGACACGGUCCGUCUCAUUGAUGCCCUCGUCACUGCUUGCAUCCGCUUUGUUUACUUUUCCAUGGAGGAUGAGCUCCGUAGCAAGGUGUUUGCAGAGAAGAUGGGUUUAGAGACAGGCUGGAACUGUCAUAUCUCUCUGACACCAAACGGAGACGGUCCCUGUGAUGGAGCUCCAUCAAGCCCCAGUCAUGGCUCCCUGCAUGAGGAUUUGAACCAAGAUUCUCGGGAUGAAGCAGAAGGUCCCCUGCUACCAGAAGAGGAAGCCCACUCUGACCUGGCCAGUUUCCAGCCCACAGAUAGCGAUGUCCCCAGCUUCCUGGAGGACUGUAACAGGGCCAAGUUACCUCGUGGGAUCCACCAGGUUCGUCCUCAUUUGAAGAACAUUGAUAAUGUGCCUCUUUUGGUGCCACUCUUCACAGACUGUACGCCUGAAACCAUGUGUGAGAUGAUCACGAUCAUGCAGGAAAACAGGGAGGUUACGUGCUGUCUGGGGAGCGCUGGCAAUUUCCGCAAUAGCCGUCUGUUCCUUCAGAGUGAUCUAAGCAUUGCUUUGGACCCUUUGUAUCCAUCUCAGUGUUUGUGGGAGACGUUUGGCUAUGCCACUGGGGGAGGAUUUAAUGGAGAGGUCGAAGGACUGUCUCCAUUGAGGCUGUCUGGACAGCUCAACAGCAUGGGCUGUUCUGUUACCUUCCACCAAGGAGAGAGUGUGAGCAUGGUCAAACUCAUAGAACAGGCACGACACACAACCUAUGGCAUUCGCAAGUGCUUCCUCUUUCUGCUGCAGUGUCAACUCAGUCUGGUUAUCAUCCAGUUCUUAGCCUGUUUAGCUCAACUUCCUCCUCCCAUGAACACCACUGACAUCCUCUGGGUGUCGUGCUUCAGCUGCCCUCUGCUAAGUGUGUCUCUUUUGGGAAAGCCACCUGAUAGUACAGUUAUGACAGUUGCCACAGGGAAGAACCUGGACGCAAUCCCAAAGAAGACUCAGAACUACUUCCUUGGCUGUUUCCUGUUGAAGUUUGGCCUGACUAUGUGUGCCUACCUGUUGGCCUUUGGGUUUAGCCUACAAGCGGUCUGCCUGAGCAGUUUGUCACACUGCAACCUGAACUCCUCAGACAACACCACUGCCUCCUGUAAUAUAUUCGCAAAGAGUGUUUCACCUAGUGCACCUCAGUGGUUCUUUGAACUGUCUAACGGUCUGCUGAUGACGCAGAAGAUCAUGGCAGGUUUUCUUGUCUUGCACACAGUGGUAAUCUCCCUGAGCUAUGUCCAUCGCUCGCAGCCUUUAUGGAAAAAGAGCCCAUUCAGCAAUACCUGGUGGUGUGUCACUGUACCUGUGGUACUGGUCAGCCAAAUUGUUCAAGCCACAGUGGAUUACCAGUUGUGGUGUGACAAGACUGCUGUCCUGUGCUUUAAACUGGCUGACAUACCGCUGGAGGCCUGGCUGCUAGUGUCUCUCUCCCUGCUGCUGGUGGUUGUAGUCAAUGAAGUGGUGAAGCUACAUGAGAUACGGGUGCGAGUUCGGUACCAGAAGAGACAGAAGUUGCAGUUUGAAACAAAGCUUGGAAUGAACUCUCCGUUCUGAAGUCGGUUGGUGUGGCAAUACCAGGAGCCAGAUUGGUGCACAUGCUGUAGCAGCCAAUUUAAGCCUAACUGCACUGCGGCCAGGUGGAGCAAAAGUCGAACAGACAUGAUGGCAGUUUGACACAUUUGUUCGAGCUUCUGGGACCGUUUUUUAACAGUUGAUUCAUGACACAAAAGGCAGGGAAAAGAAAGACUCCAAAGAAUCCAAUUUAAUUACAAACAUUUAAAUGAUGUCAGAAGUAGUUUGUUGUCUGAACUCUUGAAAGACACGAAGAAUAAUUUCUGAAGAAGCUCCUGCUUCAUCUCCUUCACAUCUGUUCUACAUCUGAGAAACGUUUUAAAUGGGGUCCACUCCAGAAACGUUCCGCUAAAUGCUACUUCACUUUCAGAGGAUCUUAAUGUGACAUCCACUGAGACAUAUUGAAUUGUUGCAUAUCAUCUGACUAGCUUUGAUGAUUUUUUUUUUUUUAACAAGUCAAAUGGAAACACACUGGGCUGAAAAAAAGGUACCCAUGGAGCCCCAAAGUUUGUAAUAAUUUUAAAUAUAGGCAUGAGUACUUUUGAAGAACUUAGUUCUAUUUCACUAAAUACAUAAACAAACAGUCAAAUAAACUUUGUUUGUGAAAACAUUUGAGGAGGUAAGAUGCACACUUGAAUGUGUUUUUAUUAAAAAUGGCUAAUUUAUUUUGUAAAGGAGGUUUUCCCAUUUAGAGUUAAAAAGGAAACUAAAGCAUGAAGUGCCACUCAGGUUCUCUCUCAUAUUUGCUGAUGUGUUUGGGUUUAUUUACUGCACUAAGUAGUUUGUUAGUUGACAGGGACAGGAACAGGAACUAUUUAGGUUGUUGAGCUUGUAACAGAGAAUAAGUCUAGUGUCAUGAAGAGAGACAUUAUGCAAUACAACCUGACAAUGAGUCAUUUUUUUACCCCUGAGACAUAAAAGAUUAAUGGGGUAUUGUCGUCAACCUGCCAGGCUGGCAGGGGAGCAAUGUGGACACCCAAGUUUGGGAAUGUAAUAACUAGAGAAUGUAGCGACACAGGAUUUUUUUUUUUUAAAUUGAUACAUGGGUGUAUCUACUAAAAAUAUCGAAUGAGUUUGAAUCUCAGUGGCCUUAACCUUAAGGUCACAGGUCAAGUUCUCUGAAAAUCUUCAGAAUACAACUAGUUGAGAACACGUUCCUCAACAGCCUGCAAUAUUUGAAUUGUAUUUUGCUAUACACGCACACACCUGUGUGUGUGUGUGUGUGUGUGUGUGUGUGUGUGUGUGUGUGUGUGUGUAUAGCUGUAAUGUAAUUUUGCAUUUGUUUAACAAUAAUAAGGAACUCUGAAAAUAAAUUUUGCCAGGGGCAUGUUAACCCUGUAAGUGAUCGAGAGUUAAAAUUGUUUUUCAGAAAAUGUAAAAAUCCCCCCAAAACCCUUGUUUUGAGUUGAAAUUGUGUAUAUAUAAUAUUGGGGUUUUUUAUUUUUUAUAUGUAUGGGAAUAAAGUUGAAUUCACAUAUGGCAUGUGCAGGUUGCAAAGUUUGCAAUAUUCAUUGGCUGUCACAGUAGUUGUGAUUAAAAACCUCACUUUCUUC